AAGCAGCAGUGGUGGGAGGAAUUGACUAGUUAACUGCUACUACAUGAACACUGUGAGCACACCUCCGUGUCAGCCAUCAGGCACGAAAAUGUCGGGGAAAAGUUUUCGAGUCAGCGAUGGAGAUUGGAUUUGUCCAGAUAAAAAGUGUGGAAAUGUGAAUUUUGCUAGAAGAACAAGUUGCAACAGAUGUGGCAGAGAGAAAACAACAGAGGCAAAGAUGAUGAAAGCAGGAGGAACAGAAAUCGGGAAAACUCUUGCUGAGAAGAGUAGAGGCCUCUUCAGUGCCAACGAUUGGCAGUGCAAAACAUGUGGCAAUGUGAACUGGGCCAGACGAUCAGAGUGCAACAUGUGCAAUACUCCUAAAUAUGCCAAGCUUGAGGAGAGAACAGGUUAUGGUGGAGGCUUCAACGAAAGGGAAAAUGUGGAGUACAUUGAAAGGGAGGAAUCUGAUGGUGAAUAUGAUGAGUUUGGUAGGAAAAAGAAAAAGUUCCGUGGUAAGAGCAAUAGCACAUCUUCCUCUAAAGAAGUCGAAAAAAAGCCAGUACCAAAAGAAGAAGAGGAGGAGGAGGAAGAGGAAGAAGAGGGUGAUGUGUCAAAAUACAAAUUGGAUGACGAUGACGAGGAUGAAGAAGAGGACGAAGAUGGGGAUCUGUCUAAAUACGAGCUGGUUGCCAGUGAUGACGAGGAAAACCCAGCUAAGAAAAAGGGCAGCCGCUCGGGCUCGUCCGGCUCCUCCUCGCGCUCCUCCAGCUCCAGUUCUCGGUCGAGGUCCAGGUAA